CUCAACAGCCGGUCGACUGGCAGAUGCUCGCCCAACAGCGCUUUGCCGAUCUGCAGCUGCCGCCUCAGCCCGUGCAGUCACCACAUGUUCCAUCUCCGCUCUCAACGCCCUCGAAUGCUGGAGGCAACUCUCCCGUCGACUACUUCAGCAUGCAAUCCAUGGCACCUCCGCAGCAGCAACAGUGGCCUGUGCCGCCUUAUCAAGGCCAAACAUUGCCAGGCUCGUAUGUCGACAGCACUUUUGUUCCCCAAGUCAAGGCCGAGGCUAACGGCGCAUUGCCCUAUGACGCGCUUUACAGCCAGGACGGCGGCUACCUGCAAGACCCUUCCCAGUUCGAUAUAGGUCAAUACGUACCGCAGCGAGGCCUGGAAGCUGGCGGGAUGACUGGCUGUGACCGGAACAAGCCCCGCGGCCGUCAAUCAGCGGCCAAGCGCGUAGGCGCAUGCGCCCGUUGUCGGCGGCUCAAGAUGAAAUGCACGUUCACCAACCCGUCCGACGACAUAUGCUCGCGUUGCACUGCCGGCAACUACGAAUGCCACUUUCCAGGUCGCAAGCCACGUUCUCCUGGCAUGCGGGUGGUGCUGCAGCAGCAAAUUCGAGAGAAAAAUGCUAUGAUCGACAAGGUUCUCAGCCAAGUCAACCCUGGUCCCACGAUGCCGACGCCGCUCACCCUCGUACCCGCACGACUCCCGCUGUCUGAAGAGGAACGCAACAAGUACCGCGAUGUUCUGGCAUACAUUGAACGAUCAACUACACAGGCUGCGGCCCGCAUUGGCGGCGAUGGUCGCCCCAAGUUCGACAUCUCGGCACUCGAGGACCCCUCAGAGGUAGACUCUGAGAGCGACGAGGAUAUGGAAGGCCUCACUAGCCCCAAGAGGGGGUUAUCGCCCAAGGGUGAGAUGCGGCCAAUGGACUCCAUCCUCGAGGUCGCGGCCCCCACGGGUAUGAUGGCCAUCGCCGCUCUGGAGACGAGGAACAUCGCUAGCAAGGGCAGCGUGGUCGAUUCCUCCACUAGUGAAGGAGGUUCUUCUCACAAGUCGGCCCCCGACGGCGGUAUUGCGAACGAGUCGUACUUUCUUCCAGGACCGGCCACCAACCUGGAGCUUCGUCGUCUCAUUGUCGAGCGCCAAGCUGCCCCGGACAUCCUGCUCUCCGGGCUCGUGACGCCCGACGACGCCGCAGCGCUGUUUCAAAUCCACUAUCAGUGGAUAAACCCAAUCAUUCCAAUCCUGGACGAGAACAUACACACGCCGGCUACCGUCCUCGCGCGAUGCCCGUUCCUCUUCACCAUCAUCUGCACGGUCGCCUCGCGCUACUACGAUGAGAAGCCCCACAUCCACGGCAUGGCCAUCCACUUUGCGAAGGCGGCCGCUGCCAAUGCCAUCAUCGACGGGUGGAAGACCGUCGAGAUGUGCCAGGCGUUUGCGCUCUGGAGUGUCUACAACCCCCCUGCCCGGCGCUGGGAGGAGGACCGCGCAUGGUGCUACACCGGGAUUGCUUUCCGGCUUGCAACUGAGCUCAGCCUGAGCCGUAUCCCUGAUGGACAGCCCCCCGACGAGCGACAGGAACGCGAGAUUCUCAACCGUACCCGCAUGUGGCUGAUGUGCUACAUCAUGGAUCGCUGCCUGAGCAUCCAGUCGGGCAAGGCGUGGAUGGUCCAAGAGGACGUGACCGUUCGCAACGUGUCGCAGUGGCUUCAGCGCUACAAGUACCACAACGCGUGCGACGGCUACCUCACCAGCCUGACGGAACUCCUCUGCAUCAUGUCGCGCUUCGUGGGCACGGUGAACCCCGCGUUCGGCACGAGCUCCGUGGAGUCCGUCGGGGACAUCGACUUCGGUGCCCUUUACAAGGCAUAUGACGAUGAGCUCCUGUCGUGGAAGAGCGUCAUCGAUGACCGGCACAAAGGCGAGAAGGCGGCCAAAGACCCUGGUGUGGUGAUGCAAAUCACGCUCAUCAACUGCGUUUACAAUUAUUGCCGCCUGGUCAUCUGCUGUUGCGGCAUGCAGCUCAUGACUAAGCGCCCAUCGAAGAAGCCUAAUGAGCUGUUUGCAGGGUGCGUCCAAGCGGCGACCACCCUAGUGAAGCUCAUGGUGGAAGACUUCGCGCCUACCGGGUUCAUCCGCUAUUUCCCCGAACUGAUCUACGUCCAUGCCGCGUUUGCUGCGGUGGUUCUCAUGAAGUGCCUAAGGCCCGAGUUCAAUGCACUUCUCGACAUCCAGCAGGAGGAGCGCAUCAUCGAGCUCGUCAAGAAGCUCUUCGAGGCGUGGGCGUCGGACAAGAUGUCCACCGAUGAAAAGCAGAACACCCAGCUUUACGCUCGCUUCCUGAAGCAGCUUAUGGAUCCCCACAUCGCCCGCCUAGACGCGCGGAAGUCUGGCGCCGCACAGCGAAAUGGACCGGCCCAUACGAACGGGCACGUCUCUCCAAACCAGUCGAUUUCUCCCAUCACACCUGACUCCGCCACCUCCUUGUUCCCUGGGCUCCCUGGGCAAGACCCCGCGGGGACGCUCGGGAACCUGUACGCGACGGACCUGGACGUCACCAAGGCGGCAGCCGAGCUCGCAGCAGCAGGCAUGAUGCCCAACGGGGACGGCACCUGGGACCAGUUCUUCCCGCCCGCAGACGGCAGCGGCAUGAACCUCCCGGACGUGAGCGUCCCCUGGAGCGGCAGCAUGGCGGGCGGCAUGAAUGCCGACGAGUGCCUCGCCGCCAUGAUGGGACUUGGGAACGAGACAUGGUUCCUGUGAGCGCGUCGCCCAAGCACUUCUCUUGCAAUCGAUACGUCCUACCAUGCUCUCCCCCUCGCCUAUCCUUCUUGCUCUGCGGCCCCUGGUGGACUUUGUUGGAAUCGCGGCUACUUCCGUGUAUUAUAUGUACCUGACUCGCUUCGUUUCGUCUCGCCUCGUUUCGUCUAGUCGCCAUCUCUCGCGCCGCGUCCACUGUAUCGUUGUGUAAAUUAUGUUAUUGAUGUAGAGUAUGUGCUUUCGAGCUGCGCUAUCUUCUGUGUAUAUGAUAUAUAACCUUUGCCGUGAAGCCCUCCUGAAUCCCACGCCAUUGGAAGCGUCGAACUACGGGAGCUCUUCAACAGCCACCGACCUCCUCGGUGGGUUCGCUCCCUGAUCGUAGGAUUCGCCAAGCGGAAGGGAUGUCGCGGAGUUCGGGUCCCAUAUGGCCUAGGCACGGAGGGCAGGUCGAGGGUCCGUAGCGGAACUUCUUUAAUAGAGACAAGACGACCGACUCGGUCAGCGAGGACGAAUAGUGAAGUGCGGCCUGGGAACACAUCCGCAACUCCGAUAGUGCUCGGCGAAGGGCAUGCAGAAAUAUCCGUACCACGACAGACGAUCUUCCACACGCACCGCAGCGGGCUUCUCCUGCCACCCAGAGCAGUUGCCAUCGCUCGUCUCCCGUCUCCGUGGGUAGGGCGUGACUGAAAGUGUCUCCCGGUGGCGCGAGGCGCGGCGGCGACCGUAAAUGCGCGCGGUGGUUCGAGGCGGACAGGAGCAAUGGAGCCCACGCCAGACGGCUGCAGUCAUGGCGCGACGGCCCUGCCUUUUGCCGCGGCGAGCCAGCGUGAGUUCCGUCAAGAGGGCCCCACUCCGCUGGUCCGCUAGGCUGCGCCGUUCUGUUCUGUUGGGCCGUUCCAGUCGACGAGUUCGGGCUCCGACUCGUGAGUGUGCAGAAGCCGCACCGCGGCGUCCCCAUACAUUCAGAGGGCGAUAGCGGAGCGAGGCCCCGACGUACGUCCGCUGAGACCCAUGUCGGUGAGAGCACGCCGUACGUCCGCGGUAUUCAGGGGGGAAAUCAGAUGCUGGUCCAGAACGGGCAGGCUAACAAGUUGGCGGCCGUCGAGGGACCUGCCGGACAGGAACGUGUCCCGCUCCAGGUACGCCAGAUACAGUACGCGCGCGAAGCGGUGUCUUUCGAUUGCGGCACUGUUCAUUAUGGCAGGAUUAGGUUUCGCGCUAGGCCGAGUGGAUCUGACCAUCCGUCAGAGAUUUGGUUGGCUGUCGCCUCCGUGAUGCAGGGUCGUCGAGACUGCGAAUAAGGUCAGACAUAAUUAGACGAGAGUAUGGCAGAAGCUGGCACGAGGGUCGUAUAAUGGCGCCCUUGCCCCUUGGCGGCACACUGUGCUGAUAUGGCGGUUCUUUCGACAUAUGGAACGCUUAGUCCCAGGUGACAGAGCAGGUGCUGGCACCAAAGCCUCCGUGGUGUUUGUACCACCAUUCUACAAUCCAUCGGACGUUCCGGGGCACGGUCAUGGGUUUUACAUGAGACGACUCCUGGCCCACCGAAUGUGGUGUGAAUCGUGCUUCGCGCGUAGAUACGGUGGGAGUAUCUCUCAACUAGAGCGGAGUAGAUGAUCGUCUUCGCAAGGGGCUGCACACCACGACGACCGCUCCAGAGGUACAGGAAGAGAACGACGGCGACUUGGAUGUAUGCGCCCUCGCAGACCUGCUUGGACCUCCGCCGUGUCCGGCUCCACUCCGUACCUGAGUGCUGUGGGCACAUGUGUGCGCGUUGUGCACUGCGCGGUGGAGUGCGGGGGCCGCAGGCCAGGCCAACGGUCCCCGGGCGGUGCGACGAUCUCCGGUAAGACGACUUCCAAACUCAGCGCGCCCUUUUCCCGCGACUGCCAUCUUCAACGAGCUCCAGCCUGAGCUCACCAGCGUCCUCGUCCUCGCCUCCACCUUUGUCCUCCGGCUCCAAGAAAGAGCCAUCCCAGUCGCACCAUGUCGUCCCGAAGCAAGCGUCGCGCAGAGCCCGAGCCGGAGAAGAAGAGCAGGAGCAAAAAGGCGAAGCGCGACGAGUCCGACGACGACGACUUCGAUAUUAGCGAUGCGGCCUCUGAGGAGGAGAUCGACCAAGACUCGCUGGCCGCCAUCAGCACCGAGAACAUCAUCACGACGGGGCGCCGGACGCGCGGCAUCCGCGUCGACUACACCAAAGUGAAGGGAUUUGACGACGAGGACGAUGAUGACGAGGACGAGGUGCCGGACAAAAAACGCAAGAAGGCGAAGCCGUCCAGUUCGUCGUCCAAGGCCAAGGCCAAGCCCGCCGCGAAAGCACCGCCCAAACCAGCUGCGAAACCGGCCAGCUCAUCGAAGAAGGCCAAAAAGGUCAUCGAGUCCGACGAGGAAGAGGAGCAGGCAGAGGAGGAAGAGGAGAGCGGCUCAGACAAGAAAGACGAGGACGAAGAGGAAGAGGACUGAUGCACGGAACGAUCGAGAUUUCGUAUGUUGCGCCACAAUCAAGGCGAAGGCUCAUGGCGGCAAGUUCACAUGUACAACAGUGUAUUAUACAAAGAGUGUGUUGUACACGAGGCUCUGUUACUCAAAUAUCCUACAACUUCGAACGACC